AGCAAAGGACAUAGGCUAAGCGAUGGCGCUGCUGACGAUGAUUGCCCGGGUCAUUGAUGGUCUGCCAUUGGUGGGCACCAUGCAGGACGACGAGCAGAGCGGUCGCAGUAUCUUGGAUUAUCAAAAUCAAGCGAAAAUGCUUUUUCGCAAGUUGGGCACACAUUCGCCAGCGCGCAGCAGCAUCGAAACAGGACCAUAUUUAUUUCACUAUCUUAUCGAGAACGAUGUUUGCUACUUGGUGAUGGUUGAUAAAAUGUAUUCGAAGCGCUUGGCAUUCAACUAUCUGGAGGAUCUGGCACAGGAGUUUCAUACAAACUACGGGCGGCGUGUCAAUUCGGUGACACGCCCCUACGCCUUCAUCGAGUUCGACGUGUACAUACAGAAGGCGAAAAAGCAACUGACAGAUCGCAGACGCAACAUAAGCAACAUCAACACUCAGCUGCAGGAUGUGCAGCGCAUAAUGGUCCAGAACAUUGACGAUGUACUGCAACGUGGCACUGUUUUGGCGGAGCUGGACACUAAAACACAAAACUUAUCAAUGAUGUCGCAGAAGUAUAAGAAGGAUGCCAAAUUACUAAAUCGCAAAUCAAUGUACGUCCAGGCGGCCGCCGUGGGCACUCUAUUUCUAGUGUUCAUACUUUACUUUUGGGUUUUGUAAUAUAUGUACGUACGUUAGUCGCACUAGAUGUUAGUUGUCAAUAUGAUAUAAUGUAUGUAUGGGUCGUUCGGGCGGCACGCUUUCAUCUUUGUUGUGUGCCGCUGGCAUCGUUGCUUUCAACACGUCAUAGACGACGAGCAGCGGAGCAGCCGUGGCGCCAACUGUGUGCUGCUUAUUUCAAAGGCCAAAAGACAUUUCAAUAUUUAAUAUAGUACUUGUAUAACAACAACAAGAGCAGCAGCUGCAGCAGCAACAGCAACAACAACCUAGAUAAUAAUAACCACUGAAUUGGGGGCACAUCAUUUUGACACGCUGACCCGCUGCUUGCUUCAAUUUAUACCUUGCGUUGUGGGUUUAAACUACCUUUUAUUUCCAAAACAUACACAUGCGAAUACUGAGACACACACACACACACACACAUACACACCCAAAGAGAGGCGAGCAACAGCUCCAUAAAACGGCGAUAAUAUACUGACUACUGAUUAUGACACAUGUUCAUAUAUUUAAUUGGCUUGCUUAACAUCAUUAUCUGGCAUGCAGUAGCGAGAAAGAGAAAGGGAGAGAGAGAGGGAGUGAGAGUAAUGGACAAAAUUAGUUAUAUAGACUGUAUUUAUCUGUUUAUGGAGCCGGCCCACAGGCCAAGAAAACUUUUGUAAAUUAUCGUAAGCCCAAACAAAUGUGUGUAUAAAUAGCUUGUAUAUGAUGCUAAUCAUCACUAUGACUAAUGAUGGAUAUCAAUAAAAUACAAAAUUAGGCAA